ACCGGAACCGGAAGUUGGGGGGGCGGGGCCGGUGAAGGCCAGGGGACCGAAAACGCGGCCGAGCCCGGAGCCCGGAGCCGGAGCCAGAGCCUGGACCAGAACUUGGCCGCCGUCUGCACCGCUGCCGUUGCCGCCGCCCGCCACUCCUACCCCGCGCUGCCGCUGCUUCGGUCGCCACCGCCGCGAGCUUGGUCGCCAGUGGUCCGCGGACUUUGGGUGUCCGGGUUGAAGGUCGGUCCGGACGUCGGACCUAGCUCGGUUCCCGGACUGUCCGGGCAGCAGCGGACGCCGCCGCCGCCGCCGCCGCCUCCUCGUCGCCUCAGCCUGGCGUUUUGUUCCGAGAGACCCGAGAGGCGAGCAGAACUGACAGUGAUUUUGACAGUGAUUUAAACCCGCUUUUGUUGUUGUUGGCUUUUCGUGGUUUGGUUUUGUGUGUUGUGCUUGUGUGUGGCGGUUUUUCUCCGUGGUGCAUUUUUUUUUUUUUAUUAUUGUGCUUUUUUUUUUAAACCCCGUGAACGUUUUUUUUUUUUUUGGAUCGGGGCUUCCGAAUAUGUUUUAUGACGGUUGAUUUUACACCAGGAGGUUUGUCUCUGAGGAAGACCCAGGGAACUGGAUAUCUAGCGAGAACUUGCUACGGAUUCCCCGGCGCCUCGGGAAAAUGGGAGCUGCUGCAAAGUUGGCGUUUGCCGUCUUUCUUAUCUCUUGUUCUUCAGGUGCUAUACUUGGUAGAUCAGAAACUCAGGAAUGUAUUUUCUAUAAUGCUAAUUGGGAAAGAGAUAGAACCAAUCGAACUGGUGUUGAACCCUGUUAUGGUGACAAAGAUAAACGGCGACAUUGUUUUGCAACGUGGAAGAAUAUUUCUGGUUCCAUUGAAAUAGUAAAGCAAGGUUGUUGGCUGGAUGAUAUCAACUGCUAUGACCGGACUGAUUGUAUAGAAAAAAAAGACAGCCCUGAAGUAUAUUUUUGUUGCUGUGAGGGCAAUAUGUGUAAUGAAAGGUUUUCUUAUUUUCCGGAGAUGGAAGUCACACAGCCUACUUCGAAUCCAGUUACACCUAAGCCACCCUUUUACAAUAUCUUGCUGUAUUCCCUGGUGCCACUUAUGUUAGUUGCUGGGAUUGUCAUUUGUGCAUUUUGGGUAUAUAGGCAUCACAAGAUGGCUUACCCUCCCGUACUUGUUCCAACUCAAGACCCAGGACCGCCCCCACCCUCUCCAUUACUAGGUUUGAAACCUCUGCAAUUAUUAGAAGUGAAAGCAAGGGGAAGAUUUGGUUGUGUCUGGAAAGCCCAAUUGCUUAAUGAAUAUGUAGCUGUCAAAAUAUUUCCAAUACAGGACAAACAAUCAUGGCAAAAUGAAUAUGAAGUCUAUAGUCUACCUGGAAUGAAACAUGAGAACAUAUUACAAUUCAUUGGGGCAGAAAAACGAGGCACCAGUGUUGAUGUAGAUCUUUGGCUAAUAACAGCAUUUCAUGAAAAGGGUUCACUGUCAGACUUUCUUAAGGCUAAUGUGGUCUCUUGGAAUGAAUUGUGUCAUAUUGCAGAAACCAUGGCUAGAGGAUUGGCAUAUUUACAUGAGGAUAUACCUGGCCUAAAAGAUGGCCACAAACCCGCCAUAUCUCACAGGGACAUCAAAAGUAAAAACGUACUGCUGAAAAACAAUCUGACAGCUUGCAUUGCUGACUUUGGGUUAGCAUUAAAGUUUGAAGCUGGCAAAUCUGCAGGUGAUACCCAUGGACAGGUUGGCACCCGGAGGUAUAUGGCUCCAGAGGUGUUAGAGGGUGCUAUAAACUUCCAAAGGGAUGCAUUUUUGAGGAUAGAUAUGUACGCCAUGGGAUUGGUCUUGUGGGAACUGGCUUCUCGCUGUACUGCUGCAGAUGGACCUGUAGAUGAGUACAUGUUGCCAUUUGAGGAGGAAAUUGGCCAGCAUCCAUCUCUUGAAGAUAUGCAGGAAGUUGUUGUGCAUAAAAAAAAGAGGCCAGUUUUAAGAGAUUAUUGGCAGAAACAUGCUGGAAUGGCAAUGCUUUGUGAAACCAUAGAAGAAUGUUGGGAUCACGACGCAGAAGCCAGGUUAUCAGCUGGAUGUGUAGGUGAAAGAAUUACACAGAUGCAAAGACUAACAAAUAUCAUUACUACAGAGGACAUUGUAACAGUGGUCACAAUGGUGACAAAUGUUGACUUUCCUCCCAAAGAAUCUAGUCUAUGAUGGUUGCACCAUGUGUACACACUGAGAAACGGGACUCUGAACCGGAGCUGCUGAGCUAACGGAACUGCUUAGUUUAUUUUCUGUGUGAAAUGAGGAUGAUGUCUCCUGGACAUGUCUGAGAGAAGACCCUCAUUUAAAAAUGUGGCUCUGGGAGACUCAAGGCAUUGCCUACAACAGAGACGUGAAGGACAUGAGACUAAGAGAAAAGUUGCAAACUCUUUAAAGAAACUUUUGAAAAAAAAAAAGUGUACAUGAAGAAUGUGGCCCUUUCCAAAUCAAGGAUCUUUUGGACCUGGCUAAUCAAGUGUUUGAAAACUGACAUCAGAUUUCUUAAUGUCUGUCAGAAGACACUAAUUCCUUAAAUGAACUACUGCUAUUUUUUUUUAAAAAAUCAAAUACUUUUCAUUUCAGAUUUUGAAAAGGGUAACUUGUUUUUAUUGCAUUUGCUGUUGUGUUUCUAUAAAUGACUAUUGUAAUGCCAAUAUGACACAGCUUGUGAAUGUUUAGUGUGCUGCUGUUCUGUGUACAUAAACAAAGUCAUCAAAGUGGGGUACAGUGAAGAGGCUUCCAAGCAUUACUUUAACCUCCCUCAACAAGGUAUACCUCAGUUCCACGGUUGCUAAAUUAUAAAAUUGAAAACACUAACAAAAUUUGAAUAAUAAAUUGAUCCAUGUUUUGUAACAAGGUAUUACAUAUUCACUGUGUUAUUUAAGAAAAAGGUAAGCUAUGAUUAGUGCCAAGAGUAAGUGGCCAUUUGUAAAGCAGUGUUUUAAAUUUUCUGUGCUAGCUUGUAAUAAGGGAAAAGUGCUGUUUUUCUCAAAUGAAAAAAUGGUAUAAUUUUCCCCUUCUCAUGUUUUAAAGCUUCAUCUUCUACCCAGUUCCCAAAAUAUUGCAUACUUAACCUAAGUUGUUUUUUUUUUUUUAAAGGUGUGCUGUGUUUGGGGAAUAUUUGAAAAUUUAAAGCAUGAUUUACAUUUUUUAAGUGAGCUAUGACACUGGAAAGCUCUUCAUUUUUAUUCUUUUAAAAUAUUCUUUUCCUAUUUAUGUAUGUAAAUUUGUAGUGUAUUUCUUUUCACUAAACAGUGUGGGACAUUCUUUAUCACUGUUUUAGAAUCACCUCAGGAAGUGUCAUCACCCAGAAUUCCUCACUUUCUGCUUUGAGACUUAAAACUUUAUCACUAUAUUUCUGCUUGGUGCCAUCUUGUCAAGAUUUAAUAUUUGAUGUCUGUGCUUUGUAAAGAAUUAUCCUAGGAUAGAGAUUUCAGAUUUAAGCACAGAUUUCAGAUGUUACUGCUUUAAAACAAAUCAGGGAUAACAAGUUAAACUUCUAACUUAAAAUAUGCAAUGACAUUUAGAAGUAAUCGAUGUUGAUAUGUAACAGCCUAUCUUCCUCCUGCAAAUUGUUUUCAUGACUGAUAUUAAUUUAAGAUGCUUCAUGCCUUAUCCUUGAUAAGAAAAUGGAAUUGAUGGUAGGUGGGUGCCAAAAGUGCUUUUCAAAAUAAUUACAUUAGAAUUGGACUCUUCCUCAAAUUUACAUAGGCCAAAAUAACACAUUAAUUCCCUUAAUUUCAAGAUUAGUGACCAACAAAUAGCCAGUAUUAUGUGACAUACUUUUGUCAGGUCAUUUUAAAAUCCAUAUACUUCUAUAACAAUCUUUUACAUGUCACUAUCAGGAGCUCACUGUGAUAUGUUAUCUUCAAAUGGUUAUUCAACCACACAGUACACUACAUUUUACAUAUAAUAUGCACUUAAUCUCUGGGAAUACUAUAUUAUUUAUAAAUAAUUCAUAGGUGAACAGAUUCUUAAGGAGGGAGGAAAAGAAAACACCAUUGUUGCCUGUGUGUCAGACACUGUACAGAACUGUGUUCUGGGUAACAUGCCCACAGUUUCACUGUAUUCUUAAGAAUUCCUAUUUCAGUGUUGAGUUCACCUCUAUCAAAAAGUACUUGGCUCUGCAACUUUUUGAUUUGUUUUACUUCUACUCUGAAACAAAUCAAGAAGGGAAAGUAUCAAGAAUGCAUAUAUGUUAAAGUUGUUGAUUUCAUGAAGACUAAUUUCUACCUGUUCUAAACACUUGACCCUGUUUUUAAAAGUUAAAAUCUAAACCAAGGAAUAUUAUCUUGUUUGGCUUAUGUGAACAUGAGAGAAAUUUUAUAAAAUCAUAAAUUUCUUCACAAAAUGAAGUUUUCUCAUGUUAGAGAAAAUUUUUUAAAAUGCUGGGUAUUGUAUUUUAACUCUAGCUAAUCAAUUUUGAAACUUGUAUCCUUUUGAGAAUUAUAUUAAUAGAAAAAAACUUUUUAUAAGCAGUAAAAUAAGAAUGUUCCAGUUACUACCUGUCCUGAUACCUAGAGUCUUGUUAUAACUUUCUUUUGCAGGGCAUUUUCAUUUUUGGUUUACAAUCAGUGCAGAGUGGGCAAGUUAACAAGUUUGAGUGUGGGAUGCUGAAGAAAAAAAAAGGAUCAAAGAAUGAGAAAAAUGGCUUUUUGUUUUGGGGUUAAGUGGGACCCCAAUCAUUUUUUCCUCAUGUGUAUGGUGCUUCUUAUGAUUUAUCUUGUAUUUUGCCUUUCUGAUACCCAUCAGGACUGCUGCUCUAACUUAUAUUUCUUAACCUUGCCCAGAUUCGUGUAAGGAAUGCUUUAUGAUCAACUGACAUAGGACUGAUGGAUUAACCAGUGUUUGGCUUUUUUUCAAAGUCUAUGCCCUGCACAGCUCUUGUAUGUAUUUUAGAUACUAGGAAGUUUCUAAGCAUGUGAUGUGUGAUUCUUGUUUGAAUGUUUAUUACAGAUACCUUGUGAAUUCCAGAACAGAGACUGUGCCUCACAAUUGUUGAUCCCAUGAACUUGCACUCUUUUUCAUGGUAAUGUUCUGAAAAUACAAUCAGGAAAAACCACCAAGUUUGGAAUUUAAAAAAUAGAAUCCUAGUAUCAUGAAAUUAAAAAAAAAAAAACAAAAACAACCCCCCCCCCCCACUCCUAAGUAAUAGCUACAUUUAAGUACAAUGCAAGUGGUAGGGAAAAACCCCUGGCCAUAUGAUAGCUUAGUAUAAAGUGAUACUGUUUAAAAAAAAUAUGCUUCACCACAGAUAUUUUCCAGCUUCUCUUUUUUACCUUUUUAAUAAAUUACUUUUUAGGAAUAUUUGAUAAAAUUAUUUACUGAAUUAUGGGCAAAAUGAUACAAGUAGCAUCUUGAUUGAACAUUAUUUACCUCAGAUAUUCAACCAGCAGUACAUUUUUUAUGCAGUCUCAAUCCAUAUUCUAUUUGUUACCUCUCAAAAUAUUGGUAAAAAUUAUUUUAGCUUUACUCUGUAUUUCUUGUCAGUGUUUUGGGCACAGGUUGUACUACUGUCAAAUUGUACUUGCUAUUUUUUUCUGCAAGUAUUUAACAAAAAACUUAAAAAAAAAAAGCCCCAUAAAAUCCCACCUUGGAUGAUUGUUAAAUAUUGUACAAAUAAAAUGUAUGCUACCCCCAUUACAUCCCCACAUUAAAUAAAAAAAAUGACUAUAAUUUGCAUAUGCAGUUUUUCUUUAGCUCUAUAAGGGAACUAUAGUAACUAAUUUGUUGUGAGGCUUCCACCUUUGCGAUUUGCAAGAGAGGAAAGAGUUUGAACGUCAAGUUUCUCAGUUGUGGCACUUUCCUCGUUUCCAUGUAUUCUCAUGAUGGUAUGCAUGUUGGUCCUACAGGUUAGGAAGUAUGAGGCUAACUUGUCUUUCAUAUGGCAGUAGAAAAAUGUGGCUUAGCUAAUAGUCAAAGAUGCAAAGUAUGUUUCCCAACUUACAUACUACUUUGCCAACUGAAUAGAAAAAUUCUGGUAUCUACACUUGGGGUAACACCUUAAGAGUAAUCAUCAAGGAAGCUAGAUUUCAUUUACAUUUUUAAUAUUGUAAAGGCUUUUGUUCACAGUGGAAAAGUCUUAAAAUACCACACAGAGUAUUGAAGGUUUGCACCAAUGGAUCUCACUUUUAGAGUGAUGAUGAAGUUAGUUAAAGAACCUGCUUUACCUUCUAAACUAAAUGAAUAUCCAUGGUGGGCUCUGAAUGGAAUCUACACAGAAAGACUUAAACUUUUCCAUGUUGUGUUGUGCAAGCUACUGAUUCUUCAGAAAGUUAACCUGAGUAUAUACUAAAUAUAUAACAUU